GAUAUUUCUUAAAAAUAAAAACAGAUUUUUUUAGAUGUCGUUAACAAUCGAAAUAAACCUUUUUCUGUUUAGCAUGUUUAGCUCGUCAAGCAGCUGGCACGGAAAGAAACGCAAACAUAACUGUUGAUCUCGUGACUUUACUACGUCAUAUUGGAUUUCAAUCUCUCCGUGUCACUUCUAAGUAAUUUCACAAGACUAGGACCGUCGCUGCUAGUGUACACGUUAAACAAUGCCAGAUGGACUUAUCACAAACAGGCCUUUGCAGAAUGAGUCCACUGGAAUUGACCUGCACGUGCCACUGUAUCAGGAGGUCCGAGGAUCGAUGAUUACAGGACAUGUGGAAUAUCAGAUUGUUGUUGUGACCCGCCUUGCUGCUUUCAAGUCUGCAAAACACAAACCAGGAGAUGUUGUGCAGUUUGUUGUCUCCAAAAAGUACAGUGAACUUGAUGAGUUUUACCACAGCCUGAUGACUAGAUAUCCUAGUAUCACUCUGCCUUCAAUGCCUCGCAAAGCACUGUUUGUGGGUGAGACAGACCUCCGUGAGCGCAGGGUGGCUUUUGACGAGCUUGUCAAAUUCAUUUCCAAACACCCAAUGCUGGCAAACUGUUCAGAGUUACUGGAGUUUUUAGGAGCAAAGACAACACUUUCUGAUUUUAAAACCACUAAUAAGCCUGAAAAGGAGGAGGAAGAUUGCCUGGAUUUUUUUGGAAGAGAUGAACCAUCCAGCUUUGUGUCAGUGUCACACACAAAAAGUGUAAAACCACCUCAGCCACAUGAAGAGGAGGAAUUAUUCGACCCAUUAGGCAGUGAGCGGUAUAAGAAACACAGGAAUACUAGGAAUGUGUCCCCAGUGGCCAAGUCUGACACUAUACCCAAACCCAAAACACUGUUUGAUGAGGAGGAUGACCCAGACAAGGGACUAUUUACACCUGAAGUAAAGGCUGAUAUGAGGCUGUUUGAGGACCCACACUUUGGAAGGACUGACAUUUUGAUGUGUUCUAAUGCCAGUAACAACAGCAUUCAGUCUACUGACUCUAAAAUGGACGAAGACAUAGAUGAGCUUUUCAGAUUCAAAAUUUUGGCACCCAUUCACUUGCAUUGUGAGGACCUACACAGCUAAGAAAUUCUUCUACAAAUCUUCAUUUGUGCUCUGCAGAAGAAAGAAAGUCAUACACAUCUGGGAUGCCAGGAGGGAUGAGAGAAUUUUCAUUUUUGGGUGAACUAUCACUUCAAGCUCAAACAAGAGCAUUUGUGGCAUAAUGUUGAUUACUACAAAAAUUAAUUUUGUCUCAUCCUUCCUUUUCUUUAAAAUAAAAAAGCAAAAAUCUGGGUUACAGUGAGGCAUUUACAAUGGAAGUGAAUAAAGGCCAAUCUGUAAAUGUUAAAAUAUUAACUGUUUCAAAAGUAUAGCCACAAGACGUAAACAAUAUGUGUGUUAACAUGAUUUAAGUGUGAUAAAACUGCAUACUUUUCUGUGUAAAGUUAUAUCCAAUUUUUCAACUUCGUUGACAUGACGACGUAAUGCCAUGAACCCAAACAACUUAAAAUGACUGUAAAAACAACUAUUUACAGCUCAAAUAAUCCACAAGUUUAAACAGAAGAAUUAAUACAAGUGCUUUUAUAAAAUAAUAAGUUUCCCAUUUCUGCCUUUAAACCCCCCAAAAAUUGGGCCCCAUUGGCUUCACUAUAAUUGAGAUUUUUUCUUUUUUUUUUCUUUUUUUUUUUAAAGAAAAGCAGGGACAAGUCGAAAUAAAUAUUUGUGCUAAUCAUCAUUAUGCCAGUAACAGGGUGCAAAUUACAGGGGGGUUUGACCCCCCUAAUCAAGGCUUGAUAUCCCUCGAAGGAUGUCAAAACUAGAUGUUGGGGGGUGGGGGGGUCAUAGAAUAUACUCGUAAUAUGAAGCUUUAUUUGUAAAUAUGUACAUUUCUAUAGCUCUGCUUGAUUUUAAAUUGGAAUCUGGGCCACCCCUAAAAUAGGUCAUACCAUUCACACUGCCUGAGUGGUAGUAAAGUGUAUCAUUAAAUCAUAAUCCCCAACAUCAACACUACCUCGAACACCACUGCAUCCUAGAAUGAGAUUUCUUUUUCCUGGUUAGGGUGGAAGUGGAUUUGGACAAACUCCUGACUGUCAGCAAGACGGCCAAACGUAGACCAGAUAUUGCUCUGAAACCCAAACCUGAAGUGAAAGGAAAGUCAUCCCCUGUGACCCAUACUACUGGGCUGCAGCAGAGCAGAGCUG